GAAUAAAAAAAUAAUGUUAUUGUGUUAGGGUAUGAUAUAUUUAUCACAAUUUCCGCCAAAAUACUAAUUUAAAACAAACCCUGUUAGCUUCCGCCAGUGUUCUUUAGUUUAUAUUUCUAUUAUGGCUUUCGUGUAUCAAGGAGACCAAGAUCUAGAGUCCAAAGCUAAAAAAGCUGCCGAACGUAUAUCAGAGAACAUGCAUAUAGUAGCCAAUGAACCAUCAUUGGCACUGUAUAGAUUGCAGGAACAUGUCCGGAAGGCACUUCCUCCUAUGGUGGAAAGGAGAGUGGAAGUCACAAAGCUACAGCAUGAGUUACAGGGUCGUUGCUAUGAUGUUGAAUAUGCUCUAAGUGCUGUGAAAUCUAUGGAUGGUGCCGCAACCAGUUUCAAGAACAUACAAGAAAUGUUAAAACAAUCUAUAUUUUUAAAACAACAAUUAAAAUAUGAAGAAGCUAGGAGAAAUAAAAAAGAUUCCAACUCUGUUUACAAACGUCUCUCUGCUCACAUUGUGUUAGACCUACCGGAUUUAUCUGAAUUCUCUAUGGUAAGGGAGACAACAAAUAGAAUAGAGAACAUGAUGGCGCAUGCGCGUGGAUCGACUGCCGAGUUGCAUAGGUCGCAUACAACAUUGCAUUAGGCUAUACUAGAUGGCAGUAAUAUAUGUCUAACCCUCAGUAAUACAUGUCAAGCCCUCAGUAAUACAUGUCAAGCCCUCUGUAAUACAUGUCAAACCCUCGGUAAUACAUGUCAAACCCUCGGUAAUACGUAUUUAAAUAUGUUUGCAUUGAUUUGCGACACUAACAAGGUGACAGCAUUAAAUUGCGUAAAACCUAAUUUACAUUAUGAAACUAAAGGAAUGAAACUAAUUUCAGGGCAUGAU